GGUUGGUGCUGGGUGGGUGCCGGGAGGUGUCUCAGCAGAAAGCGGGGCUGGGCAGGAGUUCCCAGCUCCAGCGGUGCCCCUCAGCACGGCUGUGUCCAGGGGAGAUGGGUUCUGGUUGAGAUUCCCUCCCACAAUUCGAUGAGGACAACGAAAUGUCAUUACUCCCUUGGAAAUCCACUGCUGGGCCCCUGCCUUCAUGUCAGACAUUAAAAAGGAAGGAGAGUGCAGGCUGCACAGUGCAACUUGUGCCUCGUGCCCCACGGAUGGCUGGGUGCAGAGCUACUGAGGAGAUGGAGAAGAGCACCUGCUGGCACCAGCCGUGGCAGUCAGACACGAGCUGGAGCUGGCACUAGGCAGCUCUUGCAGCCAGCUGAUUUCCAGACAUUGUCCUCCUCAAGGGACCAAAUCGCAUGGCAGAAGCUGGGAAAAUGCUUCUUCCUCAUGAUGUUUCGCUUGAUAAUUUCUGCAGGGCUCCUGUCCAAACGGAGUUUCAGAGAUCGAGGCAGUGUCAGGAAGAGUGGAGCCAGGUCUUUCCAGGAGCGAGGGAAGUUCCUGCAGAGAGAGUAAGCUCUCUCUUCAGCUUCCUCUGAGACAGCAGUCAUGUCUCAGCGAGGAGACAUGGAGUGUGUGACAAGAAAGAAGCAGCACGGCGCGGUUCCCCGCGUUUGGGAGCAGCAGCCAGCAGGCUGCCAGAGAUCCGGCAGCGCCUGGCAGCGUGCAGAGGGACGCGAUGGGGACGGGCCGUCCUCACUGCCACGCAAAAGGACGGAGCCUGCGCGUCUGUGGGAUGGUGCUGGGCCUGGGGGGAAACGUAAAGCCUCCGCAGAAGCUGAUGCCAGCAGCCUUCCUCUGAAGCGCAGCCAUGCGGAAAGGCAGGGGAGGAGCAGCGAGUGUGACAGGGCACCCAAGAGAGAGAUCGGUGCUGAGCCCAAUGGCGAUAUCUAUGUGAAAGUGGUGCAGCAGGUGCAUUCGGAGAGAGCUUGUCAACAGGCAGCAGCUCAAGCUCCUCUCCAGGCUGGAGGGCUUCCUAGAAGAGCAGGUCCCAGCACAGGGGGAAGAGCUUCCCCUGCCACAUGCCCCCGCUCCGUCUCCAAGGCCCAGGCUGGAUGCAAACGCAAGGCCUUGGAGGAAGGGACACCAGCAGCAGUGCAGCUGCCUGCCAACAAGAGAGCGAGGGCUGAGAGCGGAGACAGCGUGCUGGCUCCAGCAGCACGGCCUGGGCCUGCCGCAGCGCGGAGCUCCAGGCGCAGAGCAAGAAGACAGCGACGAAAGGAGAGGAGAGCAGAACUGAAGAAGGCUUCUCUGAGAGCAGCUGCUGCAUGUGCAGAGUCCUCCGCCAUGAACAGCCUUGUGGAGAUGAUGCAGAAGCUGCAGCUGCACGACUGA